AUGGCUGCGCUCAUGAGAAGUGGCCGUGCACAGAUGAGAAAUAUUAUUAGGCAUUAUCCGUUUUGUUCUUCAAAAUUUUAUUCAACAGAAAAUGACAACAUAUUUGCAGCAACGGGUUCAAGUACAGCUGUAAAGGAGAGUACCGUUGGAGGGCCUGAUUCAGACCGACUACUCGUGGAGGGACGAGAUAGUCCCGUUUAUGAGAGUUGUGAAAAGAAAUUUGAUCAGUUGCUAAGAAACUCGAAAUUUGUUCAGAUUGGUGAUCUAAGAAAGACUGUAGUAGUAGGAAAAAUAAUUCAAGUAGUUGACAAUGAUGUGUAUAUUGACUUUGGAAGCAAAUUCCAUUGUGUCUGCAAAAAACCGAAAACAUCUUUACAACUUGAUGACAGGAAAUUUCAAAGAGGUUCAAAGGUAAAGAUCCUCCUUAAAGACUAUGAAAUGACUGCCUCAUUUAGCGGUACAAGCACAGAUAUAACGUUGUUGGAAGCAGAUGCUACACUACUUGGAUCAAUAUCAUCUCAGUCUUCAAAUGUUCAGGAGGACGACAAAGUAGAGACAUUCAAUAAGAGGAGAGUGUCCAAGGAAAGGACCAACUGGGAGGCAGCAGAGCCUGAUUUUGAUAUAAGGACUUUCAUAGCUGAUAGCAAAGAGAUAUAACUUGACCUUCUUCUGUAUGCAUUACAUAAGAAGGGAACCAUUUCAAUUUAUCAAGGAUAUAUGUACGUAACCCUUCAGAUUGUGUCAAAGUGUGGCCAUGUUUAAUUUCUUUUAUCAGAGUGCAAGUAGAGCUGGAAAUUAUGUUCAUGUCAACAAAUUAUGAUGAGACAGGAUUCAUUGGUGUUCACGCAGAUUAGAGUUUAUGUGAAACUUAACAUAGGAUAACAUUAUCUUAAUUACAACUAUAGAAUUGAAUGCUGUCUGUAUUUACCAGCUAUUUCAGAUGUUUAAAGAAUGCUGAGAAAUGAAAAGGUAUUAAACAGUGAUUUUGUACAUGUA